AUGGAUUCCAACUGUUGUGCUGCCUCUAUGCUCUACAACAUCGCUUGUAUCCCUGAGCCUGCCUCUGAACCUGGCGCUAAACCUACGUGCAUGUUCGCAGCACAUUUCCCAACGACCAACCUUGCGAAAUUCGAGAAAGUUAAUAAAGUCUUUGGACUAGGAACCGUCCAAAAGAUUCUGAGUCUUCUCGGACGUGAAGACCGUAAAAGGGCUGUCACGGCUCUGUGUUACGAGGCGGAUGCUCGCCUACGUGACCCCAUAUUUGGUUGUGAUGGCAUGGUCUUACAGUAUCAAAAAGAUCUCCAAGAUUUGAAUAAGAAAAUCGCCUCCUCGCAGAGUGAGCUCGCGUCCAUCGUAGGACCAGACAAUGUGCCAAAAUAUAAUGAACUUCCGAUCCCGGAUGAUUUCCUCGCUACCGAGAAAAUGGAGGGUCUUACCGAAGAUCAGCAGAAUCAGGUUACGCAACUUCCAACUGUUGAUGCGCAAAAGAUAUUAACUGAAAUGUUUGGGAAUCAUGGAGCUGAUGAUGGUGCAUCAACAUCUGCUGGGCCAUCUAAGGCUUAG